AUGGCCGCUUACGCUCAGCAGACCGUGAAACUGCUCCAAAAGGAGCUUGAAUCCAGAAAAUUGAGUACAAAUGGUAUAAAAAAGGACCUGAUAGCCCGAUUGGAGGCCAACGACGCCGAAAAAUUGCAGAAAACGCUCGUUCACGAGCAGGACGAGAAGAAGGAAGAGGAGCCAAUCGAGGCUCCUAAGAACGUUCAAGAUCCUUCGGAGGAACAAGUGGAAACCAACGCUUCCUCCACCACCCAAGUUCAAACAUCUCAGAGGGGCGAAAAGCCCGCUGUCACGCCUAAAGAUCACACCCCGAUUGACGAAAUUUCUCCCGCUGUGGAAAUGGUGGCAGCAUCUGAGUCUGAACCGGAACAAAAAACCAAAACUUUUACCCCAGAGGAAGCUAAAACCAAGGCUUUGGAACACUUGCAAGUAAAACUACGUCGUGCGCAAAAGUUUGCCGACGAUCAAUCCACGAUCGACUCGUUGCAGCGUCAAAUCGCCAGAAUCCAAAAAUUCGGACUUGACCAAACCACUCAAUUGGCCCUCGAAUUGGGACUGGGUAAAGGCCCACAAAACACUAUAGCACGUCGUGGAAAUAAAAAGUCACAGCGUAAGAGUCCCAAAAAUAAGAGGUAG